AUGCAAUCCCAGGUUGAAAGCAAAAAAAGGAUCCAAGGAGGACCCUUGAACAUCAGAUUAGGAAAAGAAAAGGAGGAUUGUCAUGACCAGAAUUGUCAGCCAGAGCUGCAGUUACAUUUUGUAUGGUUUUCAUUUCAGAUUUUGACUGCAGUCCUUCUAGGACUCGUCCUGACUCCAGCCCUUGCUGAUAAUCACCAGCAGACUGAAAUAAGCAAGAAAAUCUCCAUUAGUGGAGGCUACCAAAUUAUGACCAUCAAUAGGAAGUGGCUGGUGGCAAGUAUUGAGCAGAAGACCAACCACGAGUACUGGAAAACCAUCUGGAACUAUGACACAGGCUUUAUGGCCACCAAAGUGCUGCCAGAGAGAGCUUGCUACAUUUCCAUAAUGAACAGAACAGAGAUGCCCAGCUUUGAUGGACUUCCCCAGCUGGCUGCAGACCUCAGGAGGCACCCAAGACCCCCUAGCAAGGAGAUCACCUUCACCCUCAUCAGGAGAGCCAUCCGUGACCUGGAAUCUUAUGGACCAGACAUCUCCUCCACGUGCAGAGGGCUCUCAACUUAUGUGGCCUAUGAGGUUCAGGGACCCCAAUUCAAUCUUGGAUCGUGCCUCAAGCUCGACGUCCUCCAAUAUUUGGCCCUCACCUACUGCCACAACGAUAACUUUGUGUAA